AGUUUUGUGGAUAUUACUAUUACACAUAUAAUUUUGUGGAUGUUACUUUCUUUACAACUAGCCUGGUGGUCAAAACAAUUCUUGGCGGAUUUAUAAUUUAGUGAAUAAUGGUGCAAAAUGUGGAUUUUAACCUUACAACAGACGACGAUGAAGAUGUUGUUUCAGAAAGCGGAAGUGGCGUCACAACGGAAGACAUUGUGACGUUCCCGACGUUUACAGAAAAAGAAACAGGCAGCUCAAGUUCGAGAAAUGAUGCAAUCAUCAUCGCCGUCUGCGUGUCAGUUGCCGUUCUUUCCUUUAUCGCCAUUGUCAUUUUGUGUUCUUGUUACUUGAGAGGGAAGAGGAAGAAAAGAUUCGCAAGAAACUCUGCCAAACUUCAGUCCGUGCAUCUCCAACUGUCAAGCAGCAGAUCACGUGACCUGCAACAGAAGACGAACACAGAAGAGCUCCCACCUCACCGUGACCAAUCAGAACAGCACUACAGGACUCCGUACAGGACAUGAGGCGACUCCUGCUGUCCAAUUUGUUCCUGUCUGCCACCAACUAGUCUACCUAAUAAGAUGAUAUUGUAUAGAUUAAUUUGGGGUGGGUGUGGGGUUACAGCCUGUGAUGUAGGUCCUAAAUGAACAGAAGUUAGUGCCUUUUGAAAAAAUCAAUCUGAAAUGGCAUAUUUUAAAAUGUUCAAAAUCAUAAUUUACAAAGAACAUAUUUGUAAAAAAA